GUGGCAUGUGGGGAAGCCUGGAAGAACACAAACACAGCGGAAGGUGCGCAGGGGCAAGAGAAACGCAGAGAAAGUGACAUUUAAAUUAUUUCAUGCGCUCAAAUGUAAAUUUUACUUGAUUCAUUUGAUUCAACACGAGCAAUUGAACACGACGAAGUGUAAUUAUGAGCGCGCACUCAAUAAAGAGAGCUUAUAAGGUUUACUUUACACAUGCUUAUUGAAAAAAAUCUUUGUAUUAUUUGAUACUGAGAAUGAAAUAGGAAAGUUGAAGCAUGGGAUCGAAGUUAACCAAACAAAGUAGUCUGGACAGCCAGGCGACUUUCUUUCGGAGGGGACGACAGCAUCAUGAGCGGGAUGUGGAGAAGAGGACAGGAGGAAAAGGAGAGUUUUUACUCAGGACACUGAUGCUCAAGUCCGACAAGCUCCCCGGAAUGCUGCGCAAAUCCAGUCCCAGCCCGUAUGUCCGGAGAGUGGCUUGGGUUCGGGAGAUCCAGACCCUGCUGAAGGAGCAGAAGGUGGAACAAGCCAUCGAUGUGUUAAAACUGCUUAGAAAGGACCUGGGUCUUGAAGGAACAUCUCUCAAUGACAUCCUCUACAAGAAUGCUGCCUUCCUCAACCUAGUGGAUCCAAUUUCCCACGAGCUUUUGCUCAGUUUGGCCCGAGACAUGCAGUGUCCAAAGAGGGAGUCUGAUGCUCUCAAGUCCUCUGAGAAGAUCUGCAGGCAGCUGAUCUAUCACCUGACCCCUCACUCCAAGUGGAGCAGACAGAACGUGCCCAGGAGGAAAUCUCAAGCCUGUCUUAAAACUAAACUGAAAAAGAAAUUAACAAAUGAUACCGUGGAUCUGUCUGGCGUCCCUCUUUCUGGCCGUGAUCUGCAUCGUGUGGCAUACUACCUUCAGAACAAUGGUUCGUCUGUGACAGCGGUGGACAUCAGCUUCACAGAGCUCCAAGAUGAGUGCUUGCGACUUCUUUUACCAUUCUUAGGAGUGCUACCCAAACUCACCACCCUUGCAAUCAACGGUAACCGGCUGACUGUAGCUAUCCUUAAAGACCUGAUCGAGGUGGUUAAGGACCCCGAAAAGUUUCCCAGUUUGGCCUGGGUGGACCUGGGGAACAAUGUGGACAUCUUUACUGUGCCUCAGCCGUUGCUGGUCGCCCUGCGCAGACGCUUUGGAAUGAGAAGCAGCCUACCUACCAUCUACGAAUACAGUGAGGGUCAAGGCAGCAGCUACUUCCUAGAGACUUCUACUGAGGAAAUCAGUGUGUUUGAGGAGGAAGAGGAGGACGAAGAGGAUGAGCUGGAAGACCAUCUGGUACUGGAGCCCUGGAGUGUAGAAGAGAAAAACACAUUGCAUUACUGUGAAAGGUGAUGGACUCUGCUGUUUCUUUUGGUUUGGUAUUGUUCUUUUGUUAUUUUAACACUCCAAAUAAAGGUUCAGUGUAUCAACAUUGUAAAAGCAUUGAGACCCCUUUGCCACAAAACCUAAAUGGAUUGCCGUGAGAAAAAAAAAUGGUUGUGUAAAGUUGGUUCCUGGAAGUGGGAUUUUGAAAGAAUGGGGGGGGGGGGGGGGGGGUCAGGACCUGUUUCUCUCUCCCACAAUCUUUAUUCUUUAGUCCAAUAGCUGCAGAAAGCACCAGAGAAUCUGUUGUUUGCAACAUUAUACUCAAAAUUAGGGUCAAAUACUAACUAACCACAUAUAAAAUAACAGAACAAGACAAAUUUGUAAGUCAUAGAACAACUACCAGCCACGUCAGCAACUAUCAAGCUUCUAAUGUGAAAUGUUCACGUUGGGCUUGUGACAGAUACGGCCCAAUGCUCCCCUCUGAGAAAGCUUUUGUCCAGGGUAGAUUCGCCUCAAUUAGACGGACGAGGAGAGGUGAGAGAAAAGAGAAAAAAGGCUGCUAGAGUGCCCUCGGGCUAGGAGAGAUACUGAUGUCUGUGUGUUUGCAUGUGUGUGCGUGUGUGUGUGUGUGUGUGUGUGUGUGUGAUGUUUUUUUGUGGAAGCUUAUGAUGCAAAUGUAGCUUUAGCCAGAGCUCAUUAAACAGAACACACAGGCAGCUGAGAGACUAACAAUGCCGCACAAGCAACAUUAUUUUUUUUUUCUUUUUCAUUAAAUCGCAUCAAGGUUGCAACAAGGAUUACAUUAUAAGACACAUAAGCAGCUGGCAAUGUUUCAUCAGCGCAAAAUGAAAAAUUUAAUGAAAUUGUAUUGAAAAUGAUUUUUUGUGUUUUAAAUAAAGUUUUUGUUUGGUUCAUGUCAGUAUUUUGUAUUUUUUAAACACAUUUGAUGUAACAGAGUUCAUUUAUUAAUUAUGAAUGCUGUGUGUGUGCAAAUGCACCAGUGUUUGACAGUAAAUGUGACCUUUUGAGUUGUUUUGUGAUGCCCUUUGCUCCACAGGUGGCUUUUCCUUUACUGACGCAUGUCUGAUAUGUACCUUACACGACAGGCUUUUCUAGCUAGCUUGUCUGGUUCUAGCUUUUUUUUAUGUUUAUGACUCCAGUGUCUACAUUUUCAUAGUUCAAAGUUAAUGUGUUCAGUUCUGGUAUAAAUGUCACAAACAGUGUGACUCUAAUAGCUCCGAGCACCUGGAUGUUCUAUCCUUUCCGUUUUAUAACUCUAAUGAAUGAUUGUUCUUGCUGUGUGAAAUAAACUCUGUUUGUAAAAAGA